AUGUCAUCUACUCCCAAUUCGCCCAAGCAGGAUAAAGUAGCGAGACAAAAGACAUUCACCGGGUGUUAUACAUGCAGAGCAAGGAAAAUACGAUGUGACUUGGCCAGGCCCCACUGUCAAAAAUGUCUAAAAGCCAAGCUCACGUGUGAGGGGUACGACAUCCGACUUCGAUGGUCUACUCCGAUUAGAUUCAACCCGACAAAGAAUGGCGACGUCAAAUCGACCAAAGUCAACUUCGGCAAUGUGGAGGGACUAAUAAUUGAGAGCGAGGAAAACCUUAAGGACGGUUCUCCUCCUCCUCUUGGCCAAGAGUAUUUCCAUCGACGACUUGUACCGUUUGUGGAAUGGGAGGUGCCGUACGACACUUAUGAGGACAUGGACCUGGAUCUCGGGUAUUUGCAGAGUAACAGCAACGACUCUGAUGUCAGCGAGGAGGGGCUAACGAAGUUGAAAGGUCCAUUUGGAGUAUUUCUUGGAUCCAAAAGGAGGAGCAAGCCCAAGCGGGAUGCACGAAAGAAGACGCAAAAGACAGGGAAGCAGGCGAUGCUGCCCAAAAAGAAGGCCAAAACCAAGACCAAGACCAAGUUACCCAAUCGAGAUGACGCAUUUACCCCUGCUAGUGGCAAUCUGAGUACAACGGCCACGCCUCAGCUGAUUGUGAUGAAUAAAGAAGAACAAGGUCAGGACCGAGACCAAAACCAGUCCUUACUUUCAAACGAUGCAAUGACCCUGACCGUGACCCUGACCCACGACCAAUUUUGGAUCUCGAGUGAAUUGAAAGACGCAGCCAUGAUCUCGGCUGCUGCAUUGGACACCCAGUACUUGGAUAUGAUGAAUGUUCCCUUAACCAACGACACCACAAGCUAUGACGGAGUAUUUACUUUCAAUAACCCUGACUUGUUCAAUUUGGUCUUCCACAAUCGGCCUCAACCAUUCACUACAAUGUCUCCUCAAAAUGACGUCUCGGCGAAUAUGUCAAUGUCGAAUCUCCUAAAUCAUCAGCACGCAGAUACCAAUGUGCCCACAUACUAUUCAAAUUUCUCAAACUUCUUCUACAACAACCCGUAUAAUGACAAUAAAAAUUUGGAAAUCGAGCUUCACGUGCAGUCGACUAGCGCAGAUGACACGGAGUUUAUCGAUGGCGAUCGAUCAAACGACUCCAAACUACUAGCGGCAAUUUUGAAAACCGUGCAGAGUCCACUCAAUGUCAAUUUCGAAUUGAGUGUACCGAAAAGCCAAAGCCAUUUCGGUAUCCCAACGACGGCACUACAAGUGCAGCCACUCACGCGCUACUUGCUCAAUUACUAUGUCACCGAAGUCGCCGACUUGAUGACUGUGAUACCGCUCACGGAGAAUCCAUGGAAGGCGAUAUACUUUCCGCGUGCAUUGAUGGCCAUCGGCGAGCUUUCGGCGUUGGGCAAAACCACCACUGCCAAAAACGCGUUGCUAAAUGCACUCUUGGCGGUUUCCGCAUUCAAUUUGCAAUCGAAAUUCCCCAAGAACUCCGAGCUGAAGAGGUUUUAUUUGAAUUUGGGUAUCGCGUUGAGGAACCAGGCGAGUCUCUUUGUUAAGCAGCUUUUAAAUCUGAAAGGAAGCAAUUUGCAAGCCGGGAUCGAGCAUUGCGUCACGCACGAGAAAUACAAGGAUGUAUUGUGUGCCGUGAUGACGAUGAUUAGUGUGGACUUGGUAUGGGGCACCAUGCAGGACACGGGGCUUUAUAUCUCGUGGUGUGGCAGGGUCAUUGUUGCCAAGAUGGCGACAAAGAAGAAACUAUCGCCGAAAGCGAGGAUUUUGCACCGGAUCUUCCUGUCUCUCAAGUUGAUCCAGGACUCCACCAGUUUGAAAUAUGAAACUAUACGGAGCGACUUUGAGUCGAGUUUAGCGACAGUUGGCGGCUACGACGUCAACGGCGACAAAUUUGGCAAACUGAGAACCGAGAGAAAUAACAAGGGAAGAAUAGACUUUAUCGUGAACAACUCUUUUUCCAUUCAACGAGUGGCAAACACAACGUCGCCCAAAUUCGUCAAUAAGAAAUUGAUCAACACCAAGAAAAACGACGAGAAUUUCGCUACGGAUGCCUUGUACGGCUUGCCCAACUCGCUCAUCUUGCUCUUUAGCGACACGGUGGAACUCUUGCGUGUGAAGAUAUACCAUGAUCACUCGAGGAAAAAUUUUCCACUGGAUUUUGAUGCUAAAGUACAGGAGUUGGAGCAAAGUUUGAGCAAUUGGACUCUAGACUGGGAGUUGUUUAAAGGGCAGGAUUUGAACUCCACAUCGGGGCGAACCAGUACCAAAACAACGGAUGGUGAUCAUGUCGAGGCCAGCGUCGAUGGCGAUGUUGAUGUCGACAGUGCAACACCAAAACCCCCCACUGGUGGUGCUAAUAACACCCACCAAACCCUCAAGAUGGACCCAGAACGAGAGGGCAAGAAAUUUUUUUACUCAUCGAUGCACGAAGCCACAUACCACCACAUUAUGUCCUUCUACCACGCACUAGUGAUUUAUUUUCAGCGAUUCGUGAAGCAAAUCUCACCGACACAACUACAAGCCGAAGUUGGGCAAACAUUAGAGCACCUCGAUGCAAUACAAAACCUAAUAGCUCAAGAUCGAGCUAAUAUUAUCCCUUUGUUUUGGCAAGGUUUCAUAGCGGGCUGUGAAGCCAUUUCCAAGGAUUUGCAGAUGGGGUUCAAGAAAUGGGGUGCUGAUAUUGCCCAGUAUUUGGGCAGUUAUUGGGGCGCACGACAAAUCAUGUUGGAAGUUUGGAGACGGAAAAGAAUGCAUGAGGCCCGAGAUGAUUGGGUUAGCGUGGUGCAGGACUGGGAGAUGAACUUGAUGUUGAACUAG